GAAGCGAAGGACGCGGCCGCCGCCAAGCGAGGCGCUGAGGGGUCGGGCUGCCGACCGCCGCCUUCCUCCCGUCCGGCCACCGCCGCUGGGACCCCCCGGUUCGCGCGGCCGUGGUUGAAAAGCAAAAUGGUACAUGCCGAAGCAUUUUCACGUCCACUGAGUCGGAAUGAGGUGGUUGGUUUAAUUUUUCGUCUAACAAUAUUUGGUGCCGUAACGUAUUUUACCAUUAAAUGGAUGGUAGAUGCCAUUGAUCCCACCAGAAAGCAAAAAGUAGAAGCUCAGAAACAGGCUGAAAAGCUAAUGAAGCAGAUUGGAGUGAAAAAUGUCAAGCUUACUGAAUAUGAAAUGAGCAUUGCUGCACAUCUCGUAGACCCACUUAGUAUGCAUGUAACCUGGAGUGAUAUUGCGGGCUUGGAUGAUGUUAUUACAGACUUGAAAGACACAGUCAUUUUGCCCAUUAAGAAGAAAUACUUGUUUGAGAAUUCCAGACUCUUACAGCCACCAAAGGGAGUACUUCUCUAUGGCCCUCCUGGUUGUGGUAAAACACUGAUCGCCAAAGCUACAGCAAAGGAAGCAGGUUGUCGAUUUAUUAAUCUGCAACCUUCAACGCUGACUGACAAAUGGUAUGGGGAAUCUCAAAAACUGGCUGCUGCUGUCUUCUCCCUUGCUAUAAAGCUCCAACCAUCCAUCAUUUUUAUUGAUGAAAUAGAUUCCUUCCUACGAAGUCGCUCAAGCUCUGACCAUGAAGCUACAGCUAUGAUGAAAGCUCAGUUUAUGAGCCUGUGGGAUGGUCUGGACACUGAUUAUAAUUGUCAGGUAAUAGUGAUGGGAGCUACGAACCGUCCUCAGGAUCUCGACUCUGCAAUCAUGAGAAGAAUGCCGACCCGAUUUCACAUCAACCAACCUGCUCUGAAACAGAGAGAAGCAAUCUUGAAGCUAAUUUUGAAAAAUGAAAAUGUGGACAGGCAUGUAGAUCUCCUAGAAGUUGCAAAAGAAACUGAUGGCUUCUCAGGAAGUGACCUGAAAGAAAUGUGCCGGGAUGCAGCACUCCUUUGUGUCAGGGAAUACGUUAAUUCUGCCUGUGAAGAAGAGAACCAUGAUGAAGAUGAAAUCCGGCCUGUGCAGCAGCAGGAUCUACACAGGGCAAUUGAAAAGAUGAGAAAAUCAAAGGAUGCCACACUUCAGAAUGUUUUGAUGCAUGUUAGUUUAGAUUAAGAUUGAAGAAUGUGUUUGCAGUUUCUGAUGUGAUUUAGUUUGUUGAUUUCUGUAAUCAGUUAGUAAAAACAAUGUCGGGGGUGGGAGUGGGGAUGUUCUUUGAAGAAGGGAGUUAUGUUUCUGAAACUGUUUUUAUACAACAAAUUCUAAGUUAUUGAAAUUUAGUAAUGUGCCAUUAGAAAUGUAACAAUAGAUCAUGAAGUGGAACAAUUAUAGCCCAGACCAAGAGCAACUGCCUGUGUUUUGUCCCAUAAUCAAUACACUGUGUAGCCUUAAAGCAGGUUCUGAUGUGAUGCAUGGGUUCAGUGGGUCACCUGUGAGGAGGGGAGAUGAUCCAUUACCAGUUUGUGUAUAUAUGUACAAGUGUGUGUGUAUGUAUGAAAUGUAUAUAUCCACACAUUUUUUUAUAUAUAUAGACAUAAUCUGUAGAUAACUUGAGUAUGGAAAAUCUUUUCUACUUGCUGAAUCAAGCCAAAUCAGAUGUAUAGAUUAAAGAUUCAUCAAUAUUCAAUUCACAUUUACUUCUUCCUUUUAGCAGCAAAAAUGAAGAUAGAAAUUCUGCUUCUAGAAUAAUUUUCAGGCAAAAUUAAAAAUGUUACUGAUUUUUCUUUCACAUGACCACUUGAAGUCUGGUGCCAUUUAGUGAAGAUAGUAAACUACUGUAAAAACAUUUGAAUACUUUUCAUUUUGUAUAAAUCCUGCUAUUGAGGAUAUUUAAUGCCUUUAAUGCUAUUUUUAUAUUUUUUCCUUCUCUGAUAUGAGCAAUUAUAGAGUAGAAUCUUCUUAGCCAGUCUUUUAAUUAAGCCCCACAUAUUAUAAGCUCUCAGAAAAAUUGUGGCUUUCUGAUCUAUUACAUAUUGUAAUGAGAGCUUGCUGCUACUUAAUCUUCUCUAGAAGACCCACUGCAGCACUGUGGCAUUGUACAAUGGAGUGUCAUAUGUGUAGUAUUUGACUAAGGCAAGAGGAUACGUUUUGUGAUGUGUUGCUUUGUCACGUGCUCUGAUUUGCAAAACUGAAGGGACUGGGUCUUAGACUUAAAAAUAUAAUUUAGCAAUGUUAUGCUGUUCUUGCUGGUAACAGUUUAAUAAAUUUAUGUAAAAAUGCGAUAAAGGCAAAGGGUUAAAAAAAUGUAAGUGGCAAAGCUUUUUGCUGAUGUUAGUCAAUAGAUUUUUAUAAUUUAACUUUCUUCUCAGCACCAUGAAUUGUGGACUAAUUUAACAUACAUGUGUAAUGAGAAUUUUUAAACUCUAAGAGAUGGUAUAUUAUGUCACAGGUAUCUUAGCUGCAGAAGAAAGGUAGGCACUGAAAGCAAGAUACAGUGUAAAAGGAGAGAAGGUGCAAAGUAAAAUAAAGACGUUCUGAGCCAGCCGUCACACAGUA